AUGACAGUACCAUCGAUGCAUAAUGAAACAUUGUUAUCAUUGGAAAAUGGAACACAACAACGAGAUCAAUCACAAUUAUCACUAAAUGAUCAAUCACUUGAUUUGUUAUCAAGACAAAAUAUUGCAGUGGAAAAAAAAUGUAUGAAAAAUGAAGUGUGGACUAAUUGUACUGGUUGCGAAUUAAGUUGUGAUGAGGAUGAAUUUCUACAAUGUCAAAAUAUAUGCUAUAAACCGGGAUGUGAAUGUCCAGCAAUUUUGGGAUUUCGUCGAGCAUCAAAUGGAAAUUGUAUUCAGAAAGAGGAAUUACCAAAGGAAUGUUCAAUAACGGAGGAAUUCAAGGAAUGUGGAAGUGUUUGUGAAGAAACUUGCGAUGAUUUUGGACAACCGAUAGUAUGCAGCAAGCAAUGUUUAGCAGGUUGUUUCUGUAAAGAAGGUUAUAUACGUGAAAAGAAAGGUGGUUGUUGUAUAUUACCGGAAUUAUGCGAUACAAAAAAACGAAGCCGAAUAUGUGGACCUAAUCAGGAAUACCGAAAAUGUGGUACAGCUUGUCCGAAGACAUGUAAUGGUUUGCCGGAAAAUUGUACACAACAAUGUGUUGAUGGUUGUUUUUGCAAAGAGGGUUAUGUUCUGGAUCUUGAUAAAUGCAUUCCGGAAGAUAGUUGCAAAGAAUCAAGAGAAUGUCCUGAAAAUGAAGUGUAUCGGAAAUGCGGAAGUCCAUGUCAGGAAAUCUGUGGUAAGCAAAAAGAAACGAAUUGUAAUGCUUGUAUAGAGGGUUGUUUUUGCAAAUUAGGCUAUGUAAUGGAAGAAAAAGUUGGUGCAUGCAUAAAACCGGAACAUUGUAUGCCUCCAAAAUAUAUGAAAUGUCCAGGAAAUGAAACUUUCACAUAUUGCGGUGGCUGUGAAGGUACAUGCAAAAUGCAAUUUGUCAAAUGUCCAACUGAAUGUGGCUCACCACGUUGUGAAUGUUUGGCUAUGAAAAAUUAUGUUCGUAAUGAAUUUGGCAUAUGCGUUCAUAUUAAUGAUUGCAUUAAUUAA